AAUUUCGCGCAAUUGCUCAGUCGUCAUUGUGGCCAGCCAUCGGAGAGGACCUACGUCGUACCUUCUCUUCCUCAUCUCUGUCGCAUCAAAGUUUUUUUCUAAAUAUCCGAUUUGUUUUACAGAAAGGUCACAUUUUGGCUGUGAGGUCUCAGUCGUUUCAGUGUUCUUGUUUGUUCGAAAGUACCAAAUUUUUCAACAUGUUUGAGGCAAAAAUGCUACAGAGCUCCGUGCUCAAAAAGAUCAUCGAAUCACUGAAAGAUUUGUUCUCAGAUGCCAACUUCGACUGCUCAUCGUCAGGAAUCACGUUGCAAGACAUGGACUCAAGUCACGUUGCCUUGUGCUACCUGAAACUCCGAAGUGACGAGGAAGGUUUUGAGGAUUACAGAUGCGACAGAAACAUCACACUGGGUGUGAACCUCGUACUGAUGUCAAAAAUUCUGAAAUGUGCAGGCAAUGAUGAUGUCAUCACGUUGAGGGCAGAAGACGAGCCCAACAUCUUAACCUUCAUCUUCGACUCGAAGAACGGCGAGAGAGUUUCGAAAUACGACAUCAAGCUGAUGGAGAUUGACUCCGAGCUUCUUGGAAUACCAGACACAGAGUACAGCUGUGUCGUCAAAAUGCCCUCGCACGAAUUCCAGAGGAUCUGCAGCAACCUGAGCCAGCUGGGCGACUCGGUCACCGUGGACUGCCAUAAGGAAGGCGUAGACUUCAAAGUGGCUGGCGAGCAAGGGUCAGGAGCCAUCAAACUCAAGCAGAACACGACAGUCGACAAAGAGGAAGACCAGGUAUCUGUUGAGCUGAAUGAGGCUGUUACCCAGAGCUUUGCCCUGAAGUUCCUGUGCGCUUUCACCAAGGCCACAUCCCUCUCCGACACAGUCAGCCUGUCUCUCACGCAAGACACGCCAAUUGUUGUCGAGUACCCCAUUGCACAGCAUGGCUACCUCCGUUUCUACCUUGCUCCUAAGAUCGAGGAAGAAAACUAACAUUUAACAGGUUCAUCUUUUUAAACUUCGGUGAACAAUUGUACAAAUUGUAGUUUGGUGGGUUUUUUUGGAGCAUAAAAGAAAGGCAGAUUUUGUGGGGGGUUGUGUGGAUAGAUGCUGGUCGGACCUUAACAUUGGUUAUGCAUUAAGUUAUGGAGGUUGCUGAGUUCCUACAUCUUAACAUUUUGGGGGUCGAUAUAAUUAUCGCCCUUUCUUUGUUAAAUUUCACGUCUUUUUCAAAAUUGUAGUCGACGGGUGUUUGUCGGAAACAUCUCAUUUUCCACAGACAGAUGUCCCUAGGUGUAUUGUCUUUGGGAAUAUUAUAUUCCAACAAGCAGAGAAUAAGCAGCCCCUAAAUGGGCGGAUGUAAAUACAGACACACGAGAUCAAUGACAACCCUGCUGUAUUCCAAAGUCGAGGAUGUUCAUAACCGUAGUUACGUUGUUAAUGGUCAGUCUUUAAAGUUCCAACAUUUUAUUGAGUUUGCACCCCAAAAAUGAAUGGAAAAUUGGAAAUGUUUACUUAUAGAACAACAGAAUUUGUAAUUUUUUCAUUCUCCACACUGUCGGUGCAUCCUUUUUUCAGUCAUUUGCGAAGUGCAUGCACUUUAAAUGUUUUACACAACACAAACCAUAUUUAAAAUAAAAAUGACCACUGUGAGGUCAUUCCCGUUGAUCCA